GACUGCACCGCAGUGGACUGGUUGGCAGCCUGGGUGGCCUUGUUUGCUCUCUCUCUCUCUCUCUCUCUCUAUCCAUAUAGUGCUAUCAAAGUACAAUGUGUGUAUAACGGUUUAUGGUCACAGAGCGCAGCACACACACACACACAGUGGAACAGUAACAGUGAAGGAACUUCCCGUUAGAAGAUGCAGAGUUUUGGGACAUGGACAGUGGCAGUAGCAGCAGCACUGGUGAUCAGUCUGAUGGGAGUACACACUAAACACCUGGUAGCUGAGAACACCCAUCUCCUGACCUCUGAAGAGCACAAGAUGGUCCUCAACCAGGGAAUGAAAGAGUACCCCAGGGACUGCUAUGAGAUGUUGAUGGGUUCAGGGGGUCAGGCCAGAGAUGGAGUGUACUUGAUUCAGCCAGCUGACUACCCCAUCCUGGCCUACUGUUUCAUGCAAGAUGGUGGUUGGACCGUAGUGCAGCACAUCACAGUUAACAGCAGCGUGGACUUCGACCGCACCUGGGUCGAAUACAAGCAGGGUUUCGGGGUACUGAAUGGUGACCACUGGCUGGGGAACGAACACCUCCACCAUCUCACCCGAGGGCCAGGACGCUACAAGCUGAGGGUCAAGCUGGUGGACAAAGAUGCCGUCGCCAAGAUUGGCGAGUAUGACCCUUUCAUGGUGGAGGACGAGCGGUCUGGGUUCAGGCUGCGUCUUGGUCUGUUCCAGGGCUCUGCCUUAGACGCUCUCACACAGGACACAGAGAACUACCUGCAUGACAACCAGAGGUUUACCACCAAGGACCGAGACAACGACAACUACUUCCAAAACUGUGCUAAGCUGCAGUUCCAGGGUGUGGCGGGAGGGGGCUGGUGGUACGACGCCUGUGCUGGGGCCAACCUCAACCGCAGGAACGUGAUCUACUGGCAGAAGGACUGCAACAAAGAGCACCUGUGUAAAUACGCCUGGAUGAUGGUAAAGCCCUCAGACACAGUAAAGGUGGUUCACACUGGGGACUGUAAGAAGGAUGAACUGUGAGUCUUGUCUGGAGAUUAGGUUGAUCCAUACCAUCUGUGGUUAUUCUAAUGCAGUGGUUCUCAAAACAUUGUUUACGUAAUAGAGACAAUAGUUCAACACAUUUAAUUUAGAAAUACAUAGAGACAUAUGAUCACAAAAUGCUGGAAAGAAAACAGUUCAGUAUCAACUGAUUUGUCACGCAUUUUUUGUAAGUAAUAAAAAAAAUCUAUAGUUAUUUUGGGGACUUCAUACACUUACAUCUCCCCCUCUACCUUUCCCCCAAAAUUGCAAGUGCAGUUUUCUGUAUAAAUGAUCACAGACCACAUUUUGUGGUCAUUAUAUCAUAGCUUAUUACACAUGUAAAACCACUUCUGCUGUAUUUAUUUACUCACUCACCUAAUAUCACUGAACGAAUGUGUUGGUUGUUGGCACAAAAAACAAGAUAUACUGGAUCAAAAUAAGAUUCACUCCAGUAAGUUUACAGUAGAUUUUCUGAUGACACAUUUGAUUAAAUAACUAGAUUUUAAAGUUUUUUGAUGGUUCUGGUCAAUUGAAAUUCUGUAAAUGUAAUGUCUAGCAAUGGGGACAUGAGAAUUAUACAGUGCAGCACAGAAUGACCAAAACAAAAGCCUGUCUCCUGAGUACAGACAGACGUUAAACACAUUCUAAUUAAUACAUGACACAGAACAGUGAAUGAAUCAAACCCUACUGUCUCCCACUCAGUAUGGAUGUAAAUGUUGAGGGCUAUCACUGUACUGAGUGACUUAUAGUGACCCUGGACAGAUUAAAUCACUCCCUGAUAUGAUCCCAUCCGUAGGCCUGAACUGAACCCACUAUGAUUGAUUAAAGGCUAAUCCUUAUCUGACAAGUCAUUUGUCAGGUGUAUACUUUAUGCGGAAGUGUCCGAUAAACUAUUGCAUGAAAUCACGUGUUUUACACAGUUUAUGUGCACAUUAAAGCUGCUGAGUUGAGUAAGACUAAUCGUUAAUAGAAUUUGAUGUUGCAAACUCAGCAUUUACUUGAAUCAAAUCUUUUCCCCUCUGUUUCUGUGGUGUCUGGAUUCAUUUGGAUUGAGGGAUGAAUACAUUUGUACUGUAUAUGUGUUUGUGCUUGUGUAUUGGUGGAAAGAUUGGCUGUUGAAUGUUUGAUUAUUAGUAUCUGACUAAAGUCAAUGGUACAUGUGAACAAGGCUUUGAUGAUCAGAGUGUACAAUCGGUUGUUAUCCAGCUCACUCUGAAAUCAAGUCAAGAACUGUGAUAGCCCUUAAAAUAAACACAAUGUAGUCUAACAUAAUGCCUAGAAAACAUUCAGAACAUGUUUUUCUAUGAAAUAUCGCUAACUUUUUUGUGCAUGUUGGGUUAUUUUUAUAUUUACAUUUUCAAUUAUGUAUUGGUGUACAGUAUCAGCAUUUGGGGCAAGAUUAUCAAACACUUUUGAAUUCCUUGUGAGCAGUGAUCAAGGUAUUGAUUAAAGAACAAUACCAUUGACAAA